GUGGUUGGGGGCUUGUUCCGGCAGUGGUGGUUACUCCAUGGUUAGUCCAUGAUUGGUGGGAAUCAAUAAUACCAUUACCACUACGUGCUGAAAGUAAUAGCAAGAGAGAUGGCCAAUCAUCGGAAGCAAUAUCACUGUUUGGACUUUGGAUGGGGUCCAACUUAAUUCUUCACAGGUAAAGAGAGUGCUCCACUACAUAGAAAGCCUGCUCCUGCCAUUCGCUUGCGCAUAGAGAGUCCGGGAGAGAUGGAGGAGCGGUUUGCCCCCGUAACCGCGGCGACCGGGGCGUUGGGCCCGGUCCUGGUGAAGCUCGCUGCUUUGCUGGGUGAUGAGUACAAGCUUCAGGAGGGAACCCGGCGAGGCAUCGAGUCCAUCAAAUCCGAGCUCGAGACAGUUCACCAUCUCCUGGGGAAGUUAUGGGGGAGGUUGGAUCUUGAUGUGGCAUGCAAGAACUGGAUGACAGAGGCCCGAGAGCUGUCCUACGACAUGGAGGACGACAUCGACGGCUUCACUCUCGGUUUGGAGUGUGGUGACGGCAGCUUCAUCCAGCGGGAAGCCACGGACAGCCCUUUCAAGGAAUUCAUGGAAAGGGUCAAAGAUGUAUCGAAGCGGUGCGGCAAGAUGCAGAAGAUUGGCGACUGCAACCGUAGCAAGCUGCCCACCGACCCUCGAGCUCUCUUCCUUCACAGGGAUGCAUCGGAGCUCGUGGGCAUGGAAGAAAAGAAGGAGAAGCUCAUCAAAUUGCUUCAGAAGCACGAAAUGGUAUGCCUUCUUGGACCUGGAGGGAUGGGCAAAACAACUCUUGCGGAUCUGGUGUAUCACGCAGUAGGAGAUGAAUUCCAAUGCCGGACAUUCGUGUCCGUGCACCCAAGUCCUAACAUGACGGAUAUUCUGGGUACCAUCCUCAGCCAAGUAAUAACAGAUGGUGCAAUGUCUGCUGGCAGUGGCACCGAACCUGCAGCCGAACAAAAUAUCGUCACCGACAUAUCAAUUUCCCUCUCUGAGACGAGCAGUGGCACUGAACCUGCAGCCGAGCAAAAUGAUUUCAUCAAAGGCAUAUCAAAUUUCCUCUCUGACAAGAGGUACUUGGUCAUAAUUGAUGACAUUUGGCACUGGGAAGAGUGGGAAGUCAUCCGUAAGGCUCUUCCCAAGAAUAAUCUGGGCUGUAAAUUUAUUAUGACGACCCGGGUCUGGAGUAUAGCUUGGAAAUGUCAAACUGAACAAGGUGCACGUGUGUACGAACAGAAGUUUGGUCUUGCGGAAGCUGAAAGUCUAUCAGCUAUGAGACUGCGCAAAUCCGUCGAGGGAACCAACGCGAAGGGGCUGUCCACUAAGAUUGCGGUUAUGUGCGGCGGGCCACCAUUUGAUUUUUGUCCGCUAGCAGUAAUCUGUUUGUCGUCAGCAUGGGCAGAGAGCCACCAUGUGCAAGGUGAUGAUGCGGAAUGGGAUACAUGGGCAAGCCACGUUCUGGAUGAUGGGUUUCUGAGUACUCCAUCCUUGAAACCAGUGGUCCAGAGUCUAUGCCUUGGUUUCGACGAUCUUCCCGUUCAGCUGAGGACUUGCUUGCUAUACUGUACUGUAUAUCCUCCGUGGUAUAUGUUUUAUAAGGGAUGCUUGGUGAGAAAAUGGAUUGCUGAAGGAUUUGUUUCGCAAGUUGAAGUAGCAGAAGGUUACUUUGACAAGCUUGUCUCCAGGAAUCUGUUGCAGCGGAAGGGUGUGAUGCAUGCAGUUCACCCCAUUAUGGGAGCCUUUCUCGUGUGCAAAGCAAAGGAAGAUAAUUUUAUUGCUUACGAUGGGGCCGGCAACUCCUCGCAUGCCAAACAGAUCCGUCGUCUUUCUCUCAGCACGGAUCGCUGUCCAGAUGAGGAUGUGCUGUCUCAUACUCGCUCCCUUGUUGUUUCUGGUUAUCAAUGCCAGCUGGAUGGUGUCCCCUUCAAGGCGUUCAAAAAGCUGCGAGUGCUAGAAAUACAUGACAGCAGUCGUCUAGAGAAUGGUCAUCUGGUGGAUAUAUGUGGGCUGAUCUGGCUCAAGUGUCUGGAUCUUAUGGGCUGCGGUCAUAUCACAGAGCUCCCACGGGAGAUUGGAAGACUGCAGAAUCUGGAGACCCUGUACGUGGCAGGUACAGGGAUUAGUAAACUACCAACGGAAAUUGAGAAACUGCAGCACUUAGAGACUCUGGAUGUAAGUGGCACAAAGGUCACGGAGCUGCCUACGUGGAUCGAGAAAUUGCAAUCUUUGAAGACUCUGGAUGUAAGUGACACAAAGGUCACAGAGCUACCAAGGGAAAUCAAGAACCUUGAGCGUUUGGAGAGUCUGGAUGUAAGCUGGACACGGGUGAGUGAGUUGCCUAAGGAAAUCGGGGAACUGCAGCAUCUGAGGACUCUGGACAUAAGAGGUACUAAGGUCCGAGAGCUAUCCUGCAGUAGAGACCCGAAUCCGUUAUUAAGUGUGGUUGUUGAUGCACAUAUACAUAGGUUUUCUGAUGAAGUGGAGACGUUGAUGUCGCCUCUGGGUGUCAUUAGAUCAAGUGGUGGUGAAGAGGUUACCUCUUCUGAAGCAAAGUGCAGGGAUGACCUAUCCAUCCUCAUCCUCUUUAACCAUUUCGGCGAGAGGUGUGAAGUCCUACCAGUUCGGAUGCUUAGAGUUGCCGGGAGACACAUGAAAGUCCCGCAGUGGGUCAAGCAAGACUUGUGCAAUGUCUGCUCCUUAGAUAUCAGGCUCUACAAACUUGUGCACGAAGACCUCGAGUUUCUGAAAACGCAGAUGCCGAACCUGCAGGCUCUCCAACUCAGGUUCGAGGUCCUCCCACGGGAGCCGGUUGCUAUCACUGGUGGAGGGUUCUCAAAGCUGGAAACGUUCUAUGUUGAUUGCCGUCUGCCACGGGUGAUCACCUUUGGGGAAGGAGCGAUGCCGAAGCUGAAACAUCUUGAGUUCAAGUUCUACACCGGCACAGCAAGGCAACACUACUCCAUGGGCAUCAAGCAUCUCGACAGUCUUGAGGUGGUCGUGUUCCGAUGCUCCGAGUGCUAUACAAGUGACGGUCCAGGCAUCUGCGAGACGAUUGAAGUCGUGAGAAAAGAAGCCGCGGACCACCCCAAAAAGAUCAACCUUUGCGUCAAUGAAAAGAAAGUGGAGUUCGGCAGUAGUUAUAAAUGGGAAAGCCUUGCGGAUAAGGCCGUUACUAAAAGAAGGGAACAACUAUACAAUGCAGCAGAGCGUCGCCGAUGCAGGGGGCUGUUUGUUUGAGCUGCAGUUUUAAACUUUUCUGAAAAAGCUGCUGCUACUUUUUUUUUCUAAAAAACCAACGCCAGCUUUUAGAAGAUGUGUGAGCUUAAAAAGCUAUGAAAAAUUUAUAAAAUUAAGUUUUUCAGCUUUCUAUGUAAACUCGGAUUUUCUGAACUUCCAGCU